UCAAUCGGGCCUGCCUGACAAAGUGUGUGAUAUGUGUGGCCUGCCUGCCUGCGUGCGACAAUGCUCACGUGUGUGUCUGCCAUAAUGUGUUGGCAGACAUGUCCGUCUGUCUGACUGUCUGUCUGUCUGUCUGUGUCUCUUGUCGCUCCCUUUUUCCUCAUCCUUUCUACCUCUGGUGUCAGCUGAGUAUUGUCAAUCGAGCCUCGCAGACAGACGUAGGUUGUUGUAGGUCAAUCGAUCCUGCCUACGUUCGUUUUUUGCCUGCUUCAGUAUAUUGACUGGCAGAAAACUUCAGUAUAUUGACAGUGACGUAUUGAAGUUUGAGUGGUUGACUGACAGCUACAAAGGGUCCCACUCAUGAAUGCAUACACCCAUUGAGGCGUCCGUCCAUCCACACGUACUGGCAGUCUCACGACUAAACGAAGGAACGUGCAUGUUUUCCAUUUGUUCCCGGUCUGACAAGCCAAACAAGGCACUCGGUCGAUUAAACCCGACUGACGCCAUUUAUUCGCUCAAUCCAUCAGCCAUGACAGCAAAAAGCCUGUCGAGGCGCACACACUCUCAUUCACCCACCAGAUCGGCUCGAAGGAGACACAUACAUGCCAAGCAGACAGACAGACAGGCAGGCAGACAGGCAGACAGAGAGACAGACAGGCCGUUUCUGUCACAGGGACAACAGGCGGGCCCGAUUGACCGCCACUAACUCCCACAACGUGCACACAAAACGGCCUCACGAGAGAGAGAAAAAAAGCGAUUCGCAUCAUGCGAUAGCAGGAAAGAACGAGUGGUCAGCAGACGCGCAAAAGACAUCCGCCUCACUCAUGACUACUGCACUACAUGCAACACCUCUACAUACCCACCGAGAUACACACUGCCAGUAAGCUCCUCUCUGACCCUCGUAUAGCCCUCAGGCACAUACUCGCUGUCGCUGACCUGAAAGCAGCUGCGGAUGUCGGAAGAAGGCCCUCGUGGAUAAUUACCCCAGCCCAACCACAGAGCCCCACCGAUAAGCACAUUUGCGGACUCAUCCGCAUUCCCCUCCCUCCCCGCCACAGCCACAUACUGCUCCUCUCGUGGGAUCUCGAUCUUGAUCGGUCCACCAAAAGCGUCGGCCAGUGAGAACCACCACACAUCAGACUCGUACUCGCGGCUGUCGAACGGAUCGUCGGGCAGCCGAAGACCCUUGCUGAUAUAGACGCCGAAGUCGUGUGGACCGUUCCUGACCACAAACACGAUAGGCUUCGCGUCGCCCACUCGGUCCAGCAGGUCGCCGUAGGUGGUGCCGUGCACAGACGUCCUACACACACACACACACACACACACAGACAUGCACACAGACAGAGAGCCAUCUGCCAGCUGUUCGUGUCAGGGCAUGAGAUGUGUGUCUACCGGUAGAGUGAGGUGAGUUGUGUGGUGUCAUUGCCCCCCAGCAAAUCCAGCAGCCCCUCAUACUCUGACGCAGACAGCGACGUGUCGUCAGGCGGGGAGGCCUCCUGCACACGACGCAAAUGCACCUGAGCACGAGCCAUGCACACCGGAGCAUCAAAAGAAUGAAUAUGAGUGAAUGGGAUGGUGUGCGUGUGUGUGUCUACCUGUUGUGCCUUGACAGCCGUCCAUGCCACAGAGCAGAGAAUCAGCAGGACACCCACGGCACGGGCCGCCAUGAAGGACUGAUUCAGAACGGGAGACGGGAGGAUCAGAGUCUUCUUAUCUUCUUCAGACAGACAAACGAGAGGAGAAUUUCUUUCCCUCAAUCGUAGAUCCCACCAG